GAACUUUAUUCACGUGUUAUUUAGUAGCUUCUGAAAGCUAUAGCACCGUGCUUUAAUACAGUUGAGUUUUAACCACUGUGGUUUUAACAUAUGCAGGAACCGGAAAUACGUAGUUUGUUGUACACUCACACAUCCGCAGCAGUCUACUGUUUGUAUUAAUGGAUGUUUAAGCGGCAUCUGGAAGCGUUGCGAGACGGCCUGGCGUGCAGGUCCAGUGCCUGUCCACAUACAGCAGCAGAAGGGUGAGUUAGGACAGCAGAUCUCCUCAAAUCUGGCAUUCAAAACGGAGCCGCUAACAACACUCGAACAACAAUGAGCUCGGGACAUCCGAGCGACAAUGAAGACCCCGAGGAGCCGCGCGCCGCCCGUGUCGACGAGCUGGACGACGAUCUGCGGCACGAGGAGGAAGACACCGAUGAGGACAAGGGGUCAACGAGACCGUCAUCUCCGCAAGCGGGCCAGGAGAGUGCCUGUGUGCAGGGCAGCUCGAGGCUCGAGUUAGCCGGAGAUGGCGGGACGGGCUCGGGGUCCAGGGUCUCGAGCAUGUACGACUCUCUGUUCUCGUGGAUUUGCAGGAGGACGAUCCGUAGGGGGCCGUUCGUGGACCCUACGCGGGAUCAGUUUCGGACUAUGACACGGCUUUAUUCGUCCAUGAGCCCGGCUACCGAUUCGAUGAACCUCAGUACACAGACUCAUGGAGCUGUCUUUAACCUGGAGUACUCACCGGACGGGUCGGUUUUGACUGUUGCUUGUGAACAGACGGAGGUGCUGUUGUUUGACCCAGUUUCCUCCAGACAUAUUAAAACACUGGUGGAGGCUCAUGAGGACUGUGUGAACAACAUAAGGUUUCUUGACAACCGUCUGUUUGCGACCUGCUCUGAUGACACUACUAUUGCAUUGUGGGAUUUGCGGAAACUCAACUCGAAGGUGUGCACCUUGCACGGCCACGCCAGCUGGGUCAAGAACAUAGAGUAUGACACAAACACACGCCUGCUGGUCACAUCUGGAUUUGAUGGAAAUGUCAUUACCUGGGAUACCAACAGGUUUACAGAAGACGGCUGCCCCCACAAAAAGUUUUUUCACACACGCUAUUUAAUGCGUAUGCGUCUGACUCCAGACUGCAGUAAGAUGUUGAUCUCCACCUCCUCUGGUUACCUGCUCAUCUUACAUGAUCUUGACCUGACCCAGAGCCUUGAGGUUGGCAGCUACCGCAUCUUACGGGCCCGCAGAGCUCCGAUUGGCACAGAAGGUUCAUCGGCAGGUCCCAGGUCAGGGGGUUCUCGUCAUACUAUUGACAGCAAAGCCCAUCCGCAUAGAGAGGGUUUGUCACCCAGAAACAGUCUGGAGGUUUUAACCCCAGAGAUCCCAGGCGAGAGGGACAGAGGAAAUUGCAUCACCUCCUUACAACUGCAUCCUAAGGGAUGGGCCACACUUCUCCGUUGCUCCAGCAACAUGGAUGAUCAGGAGUGGACGUGUGUGUAUGAGUUUCAGGAGGGAGCGCCACCUCGACCCCCAUUGUCUCCUCGCUGCUCUCUGCGUCUGACACACUACAUCGAGGAGGCAAACGUUGGUCGUGGCUACAUUAAGGAGCUAUGCUUCAGCCCCGAUGGACGACUCAUUUGCUCGCCAUAUGGUUAUGGUGUGCGCCUGCUGUCGUUCGACGAGCACUGUGGCGAGCUGGUGGACUGCAUCCCCGUGCGGACCGCUCUGCUGCGGGAGGUCCGCUCCAUCUACUCUCACAGCGACGUGGUGCUCACAACAAAGUUCUCGCCCACUCAUUGUCAGCUAGCGUCGGGCUGCCUCAGUGGACGUGUAUCCCUGUACCAACCACACUUUUAACCACAAACAGAUUAACGAAUUUACAUGAAUUGCUGAACUAUAUCUUUGUACCUGCUACAAAUGGCAGAGGCAUUUGACUGGUCAGACAAAUGUUGAUGGCAGGUAAUGGGAGGAAGAAAUGAUUGUGAUUUCUUGGGUCACAGCAUUGUGUAUACAUGUGUAUGACCUUGUGCAAGCGAGUUUGUUGUUUUUAGAUGUAAUUGUCAUUUACACUAUAAACUGUGUGUGCCGUAAUGAGAGAUGAUGGUAUGAGUCUUCACUCAGAGCGAUGGAGGUUCAAUGUGGUCGGUCACAAAUGUGAACGUUGGAGAAUUGUGAGAUUAUUUUUUUUCCACACGUUUGCUCAUUCAUGCAGUAAUGCAGUUACAGGUUUAGCCAUUUACAUGUAAGUCUUACUUUAUUUGUAAGCAGUUCAAGCUGGUCAUGUUGUACCUGGUGGCAUUUUUUUGCGUUUUGUUAAACAUUUUAGUCUUUGCCAUGUUUUUUCCUGGAAGUAUGUGGCUUUACUUUUUUGUAGUCUACUUGUUCUUAACACUAACUUAAGUCUGAUUUCUAGAUUGUCAAAUGCAGUAUGUACUGUGUACGUUUGUGUUAAGAUGAACACAUUUACUACUGACUGGCUGGUCUGAAUGAUCUAGAGAAUUUUGUUUGUUUACUGUUCAUACAUAUGGACUCUACAGGGACAAUCAGUGGGCGCGGAUGAAUCCCAUGAUGUGAUGCUCCUAACACAUUGCUGAAGAGUUACUGAACUAAGGACAUGAGGACAGUGCGAGGUAGCAGUUCGAUACAGGUUUAACUGACGGACGAGUGUUUUAUAUUUUGAAUUUAGCAUUCUCAGAAUCGGGAGGAAGGACAAAUCUGGAUGUCCAGCUUUUUUGGGACUAAAUUCAGUGGUUCCUUCAUGAGUUAUUAUAAUAGAGUGACCAUCCUUUAACCAUCAUUGUUACACAGUCUGAAUCACUCUCUUUAUGUUAACAUUACUAAGGAUGCAGUGGUACAUAUAUAUUAAAUAAAGAUUUUUUAAAUAUG